GACAGAAUCAGCGGGUAGAAAAAUCAUACCGGUAUAUUCAUCAUCCAUCAUACGAUUUGCAGUAAUUUGCACAUGGAAAACUUGCAAAUUUUUAUUCCCCACUUAAUUAAUAUGUCAUCAAUUAGGAGUUUAAUUGUAACAAGGACCACCUCAUUUCGCCACGGUCAAAGAGGAUACGCCCAUAAAGUUCUGUACAAAGACCUCCAAAAAAAGACAGCUUGUGACCGUGCGCUCGCCCAUUUUGACGACUUUUACGCCUCAUUCUUCGGAAAGAGGAAAUGGCCCCAGUUGCGCCUCGGUUUGCUCUCCCCACAAAAAUAUGUCGCCAUUCCGAACCCUUUAACGGGAAAUUUGGACCAAGUCAUGGCUCGGUUGGAAGGUCUCGGCGCCUAUAAUUUGCACCGCCUCUGGGACGAGGCAAGGUCACAGUUGGCACAAGAGAAGAAAGAGAUCGACGUCAAAAAAGAUCUUGGACGAAUUCACUCUCUCGAAAAGACUUUGGAAUCUAUCGCCGUGACGAAACAGGCUGAAGAGAUGGAUGUUCUGUAUCAAAACAUGGGACAAAAGAGGGAAGGAAUGGAAACUUUGUGGGGGUCGGCGGGCUUACCUUCCUCUGGGGGAGGAGUGACCGGCUUCGAUACAGACAGUAGAUUGAUAAGCCAUCCUAGUCAAGCCGCCUUCGUCCCACCCACCCGACUCAAAGGGUUAGACGAGUUUGCCUUCGACUCGGAAUAUUAUGCAGGUUUCCUACCACAAAAUUUGCAAAAGGCUCUCGACCCUGAUGACGACGACUCCUUUGUAUACGCCCGUCCUGGAAAAAUGACCAUCAAAUGGCCCCCCGUCUUUCUCCCCUACAGUUUCGAACUAGGGUCAGGUCAAGAAUUUCCCAGUGCGAGGCGCGACCCAGCUUCAGGUCUCCGCGAAUACAUUUGCGUCAACGGAGCCUCCAUCGUUCCCGUGUUGGCGUUAGAUCUAAAUCCGUCCGUGGACUUGUUGGAUCUCUGUUCCGGUCCUGGGACGAAAUCGCUUAUGGCGCUGAUGACCAUGUCGCUCGGAUCCUUGACCUGCAAUGACGUCGAUACGUACCGGUUGAACAGGGUGAAAAAAAUAUUUGAGGAAUUCACGGGAACGUCGACCCCUGAUCUCGUUACAUAUACCAGAUUUAAUGGGAAAGAUUACCCCACAGGGAAAAAGUAUGAUCGCGUCCUCGCCGACGUUCCUUGUCUCAAUGACCGCGUCUCCAUUGCCAUCCAGGACAACAACAUUUUCAAAGUUAGCCGCACCCGGGAGCGCCUCGAACUCGUCAACGUCCAAAAAGCCAUCCUUCUCUCAGCCCUUAAAACAAUGAAAAAAUCAGACGGCGCCGUCACCGUGUAUUCCACAUGCACCCUCAGCCCGGUCGAAAACGAUGGUGUUAUAAUGCACGCCUUGAGGGAAACCGAAGUGGAAAACUUGGCCGUUGACAUGUUCGGUUUACUCACACUGAUAAAACCGCUCGAAAUGAAGGGAUUUUGUCGAGUGUCGCGGACCAGAUUCGGUGCCCUUAUCGAACCAAACAUCAUCUCCAACUUUGGACCCAUGUACAUUUCCAGGAUUGUCGUAGAGAAGAAGCCGAGUACGGAAGAAAUCGUCACCCCCACAAAUCAAGAAGAUGACCCCGAAAAAUCUCAUCAUGAUAACGAUUCAAGUGACGAAAACGUGACCAAAUCAAGCUUAACGUGACGAUUUAAUAAAUAAUGUAUUGACUAAAACCAAUCCCAAAAAAUUCAACCCUGAAAUCAAACUCGCUUACUCCAGACAAAUCUGAAACUGAUCAAGAUUUCGUCACAUCAUCAAUUUAACGGGGAUUCCAGCCUCCAAAAAACUAGUCCCAUUAUUACCUAACUGGUUCAUUAUACUCGUAACUAUUUAGUUUUUCUACUUAUUUUACUUAUUUAUCAGUUAGUUAACUACCCUAAACAACGUGCCUUUUUCGUAUUAAACUAUCUAAAUGAAGAUAAU